AUUAAAAAUAAACAAUGUUUAUUAAGUGCCUGAUUUUACUAAAAAAAAAAAAAAAACAAAAGAAAAAAAAGUGCCUGAUUUUAUUUCGGAUUAUUUCACAGGGUUGAAGAAAAUAUGACAAUUUAAUGCUACACAAAAAUUCCUAGUUAUUGAAUUUUUUGUUCUAACUUCUGAACACAGUCGACACCACAAGGUUUGGAAUCUAGAGAGAGAGAGAGAGCUGAACGUUUGUUUGUUCAUCCCCUCCCACCGAUCGUCGGCAUUUGAUUCUCCUAUCUCCUUUGUCCGCCGGCGAGAUCUCCGAUUAGAAGCUUUGACUUUGCUAGGAGAGAUCUAACACGACUAGAAAUCUUCAUGGAGACUGAAAAUCCUAAAAUUCCAACUUUUCCGUUAAGGCCAGCUGUCACACCCUUUCAUGCUCCACAAAGUACACCACCAUUUUUAUCAUCUGGUCCUGUGGUUGGGCCGGAAGCAUCCCCUUUUAGGCCUGCACCUUAUGCUUCAUCUCAGUUUCCGUCAGCUCCCUUUUCCUCCACACCUUUGGUUGGAUCAGUGGCACCUCCCUUCAGACCUCGCCCGCCAGGUGGAUCUAAUGAACCGGUUAGGCCAUAUGGCCCACCAAGUGCUGGAUUCCAAAACCCCACAUUUUCUUCAGCAGGUCAAGUAGGGUCGGUGCCCGCAGGCCCUCCUCCAACUAGGCCGAAUUUCCAGCCUCCGCCACCACAAAUGGGGACAUCUUAUGCCACUGCCAGGGGUACCUUUGAGCCAGCUUUUCCAGGAUAUGCUAAUGGACAAUCGAACCCUGUAGCUCAAGGAGGCUAUGGUCCAACUCCUUUUCUUGCUCAACAACGAGGCUAUGCUCCCGGUCCACCAAUAACAACUCCAUCGAGCCUUUAUUCAGGGAGCCCAAUGCAGCAUCAUGGCAUUGCACCUCCUACUGCAAAUUCACAGGGCUUGGCAGAAGAUUUCAGUUCACUCUCUCUUGGAUCUGCACCGGGAUCAUAUGAUGCAGGCCUUGAUGCUGCAAUUUUACCAAGGCCGUUGGAUGGUGAUGCGGAACCAAAGUCUUCUCCGGAGAUGUACACGUUGAACUGCAGUUCAAGAUUUUUACGACUGACGACAAAUGGCAUCCCAAAUUCUCAAUCCUUGUCAUCAAGGUGGCACUUGCCUCUUGGGGCAGUUGUUUGCCCUCUGGCGGAAUCUCCUGCUGAGGAGAAAGUACCAAUAGUUAAUUUUUCUACCACAGGUAUCGUUCGCUGUAAAAAGUGUCGCGCUUAUGUGAAUCCGUUUGUGACCUUUACGGAUAAUGGAAGAAAUUGGAGAUGCAAUAUGUGUUCAUUACUCAAUGAUGUUUCAGGUGAAUAUUUUGCACCGGUGGAUGCUAGUGGAAGAAGAGUUGAUUUGGAUCAACGGCCUGAACUUUUGAAGGGUAAUGUUGAGUUCAUUGCUCCAGCUGAAUACAUGGUCCGCCCUCCAAUGCCUCCACUAUAUUUUUUUCUCAUCGACGUCUCAAUUUGUGCUGUUAAAAGCGGAAUGCUUGAGGUUAUGGCGCAAACUAUUAAAUCUUGUUUGGACAGCUUGCCUGGUUCUACUCGAACACAGAUUGGCUUCAUAACUUAUGAUAGCACAAUACAUUUCUAUAACAUGAAGUCAUCUUUAAUGCAGCCACAGAUGAUGGUUGUGUCAGAUUUGGAUGAUGUAUUUGUUCCAUUGCCCGAUGAUCUUCUGGUCAACUUAUCGGAAUCUAGAAAUGUGGUGGAGGCAUUCCUUGAUAGUUUGCCCUCCAUGUUCCAGGACAACAUGAAUGUGGAAUCGGCAUUUGGGCCUGCUCUUAAAGCUGCAUUUACGGUUAUGAGUCCACUUGGCGGUAAAUUGUUAGUUUUCCAAAAUACCCUGCCAUCAUUUGGUGUUGGCCGAUUGAGGCUGCGUGGAGAUGACACUCGAGUUUAUGGGACAGAUAAAGAACAUACAUUACGAGUACCUGAAGAUCCAUUCUACAAACAGAUGGCUGCUGAUUUAUCCAAGAAUCAGAUAGCUGUAAAUAUAUAUGCUUUCAGUGACAAGUACACAGAUAUAGCAUCACUGGGAACACUGGCAAAAUAUACUGGUGGCCAAGUGUAUUAUUAUCCAAGUUUCCAGUCAAGCAUUCACGGGGAUAAAUUGAGACAUGAGUUGACCAGAGAUCUUACUAGAGAGACUGCAUGGGAAUCAGUACUGCGAAUAAGAUGUUCAAAAGGACUGCGCUUCACAUCUUAUCAUGGAAAUUUUAUGCUAAGAUCUACAGACUUGCUAGCACUUCCUGCUCUUGACUGUGAUAAAGCAUAUGGAGCACAGUUUUGUCUUGAUGAGACGCUAUUAACCACACAGAUCGUGUAUUUCCAAGUUGCAUUGUUAUAUACAUCAUCUUCUGGAGAAAGGCGAAUCAGAGUACAUACUGCAGCAGCUCCUGUUGUUGCAGAUCUAGGAGAGAUGUAUCGCCUGGCCGACAAUGGGGCAAUUGUUUCUCUGCUUUCCAGAUUAGCGAUUGAAAGAUCAUUGUCCUACAAGUUGGAAGAUGCUCGAAACGCAGUUCAACUUAUGAUUAUCAAAGCCCUCAGAGAAUACAGAAAUCUUUACACUGUUCAGCAUCGGUUGACCGGAAGGAUGGUUUACCCUGAGUCACUGAAAUUCUUGCCCUUGUAUGGACUAGCAAUUUGUAAAUCAAAGCCUCUCCGUGGUGGAUAUGGUGAUGCUGCUUUGAUUGAACGCUGUGCUGCUGGC